AUGGGCUCCGUGCUGCCCGGCUCCUCGCUGGCUCUGAAGCCGGGCUUCAAGCCGCAGCAGCCGCUUUCCCUGGCGGACAUCAUCACCUCGGACAUCCUGCACAGCUUCCUGUACGGCCGCUGGAGGCACGUGCUGGGCGAGCAGCACCACCACCAUCCGCACCAGCAUCACCUGCAGCACGAGGACCGCACCGCCCCGAGCGCGAGCCCCAAGACUGCGUUCACCGCCGAGGUGCUCGCGCAGUCCUUCUCCGGAGAGGUGCAGAAGCUGUCCAGUCUGGUUUUACCCAGUGAGGUGAUAAUUGCCCAGAGUUCAGUCCCAGGAGAAGGUUUGGGUAUUUUCUCUAAAACCUGGAUUAAAGCAGGAACAGAGAUGGGACCGUUCACCGGACGCCUCAUCUCACCUGAGCACAUCGACCUGUACAAGAACAACAACCUGAUGUGGGAGGUAUUUAACGAGGACGGGACAGUCAGGUAUUUCAUCGAUGCGAGUCAGGAGGACCAGAGGAGCUGGAUGACGUACAUUAAAUGUGCGAGGAACGAGCAGGAGCAGAACCUGGAGGUGGUUCAGAUCGGCAGCAGCAUCUUCUACAAAGCUGUGGAGACGAUCCCUCCAGACCAGGAGCUGCUGGUCUGGUACGGAAACUCCCACAACACCUUCCUGGGAAUCCCUGGAAUUCCUGGAGGAGAUGAUGAACAGAGCAAGAAGAGCAAGAACGAUGACUUCCACACCUGUGAAGGCUCCUCUUCCUCCUCCUCCUCCUCCUCCUCCUCCUCUUCCUCCUCCUCCAGCCUGGGCCGCAUGCGUUGCGUCAUCUGCCACCGCGGCUUCAACUCCCGCAGCAACCUGCGCUCCCACAUGCGCAUCCACACCCUGGACAAACCGUUCGUCUGCCGCUUCUGCAACCGCCGCUUCAGCCAGUCGUCCACGCUGAGGAACCACGUCCGGCUGCACACCGGCGAGCGCCCGUACAAGUGCCACGUCUGCCAGUCUGCGUAUUCGCAGCUGGCCGGCCUGCGGGCGCACCAGAAGAGCGCCAGGCACCGGCCCACCGGAGACCCCGGGGCCCAGGGGGGAGGCGUGGUGGUGGUGGGAGGCGGAGGAACAGGAGGAGUUCACUCACCUCCUCCUGUUCCUCACCCACCACAGCUGACCACCGUGCCUCACCCGGCAUCACUGGUUCAUCAUAUACCGACCAUGGUGCUGUGAUGGGGGGACAGACAGACAGAUAGACAGGCAGGCAGACAGGCAGGCAGGCAGACAGACUGACUGACAGACUGACAGACUGACUGACAGACUGACACAGACGCAUCUUUAAAGUUAAACGUCAGCUCCAACACUGAGACAAACUGAGACAGGUGGAAUGUGGCGGUAGUCUGGUAGUGAGUUACCCAGGGAGCCAGCUGAUCAGUCCUGCGGUCAGUCUUUAAUGAAAGGCUGAAUCCCUCCAAACACCUGAGUCCCUCAAACGUUUUCAGCAGAUGUUUGUGGUUAAAUACUUCAAAAGGUUUUCAGCCUCUGUUCGACUGAUUUUAUCUGCCUGGGUAAUAACUCACACACAGACUCCCCACGGCCGCACUCCCCACGGCCGGUCUCCCCACAG